AUGCUCUUGUCUCUUGCCGUUAUCAGCGGCCUAGCCGCCCUCUCUCAAGGCUACGUUUUGACGGCCUACAAGAACGUCGACGACUGCAAAGCAGAGGGCGACACUAACUACCGCAUUUAUGAAGGCGACUUCGACGGAUGCCAAAAGUUCGGCGGCCAAUCGGGCUCGACCUGUACCGAGUACUCUAAUGGCGGCACCAUCGGGCCCAACGCUUGUUCAAGCGACGUCUGGGAGGUGCACUCUGUUGCUCUUGACGGAAAGACACAGAUUAGUGGCGCCCAGCUUUGUUACACGUGUACUUACUACACCGACGAGCAUUGUGGUUCUCUGAACCAGAGUCCUCAGUGGUACUGUGAUGGCUGGGAGGCGGGCCCAAAGUCCUUCCGAUGUCUUGAGGGAGCUCUCGGUACGCUUAUCAUGAAGACAUAG